AGUGCGUUGGUUGGAACGUCAUCGCUCUCCAUUUGUGUGUUCAUUGUUAGCAGCAGCAAGCAGGCAGGUUGGCGUGUGCCUUCACGAAAAGGCACCCAAAGAAACAUUACCACAAUCACUACAUUUGGAAACAGACGACGGCGUUUCUAGUUAUUUUCUCGCAAAAAUAGUGUUUUAUAUUCGUUUGAUAAUGUCGGUGGGCAUCGAGUCGGGAUUCUCAAGCGAGGAGGUUCUGAACGUUCGCUUCCCACUCCACCGGGCGUGCAGGGAUGGAGAUAUCGGUGCGUUGUGCUCGCUUCUUCAGUGUACCUCAAACCCGGCGGACCUAGCAGUGGAGGACUCUUUCUACGGCUGGACACCCAUACAUUGGGCUGCUCAUUUCGGAAAGUUGGAGUGUGUGAUGCGUCUGGUGCAGGUGGGCUGUGGGGUCAACUCGGUGACCACGAGGUUUGCUCAGACGCCCACUCACAUCGCUGCAUUUGGGGGCCACCCAGAGUGCCUGCUGUGGCUGCUGCAAGCUGGUGCUGACAUCAACAGACAGGACUAUGUUGGUGAGACUCCUAUCCAUAAGGCUGCCCGUGCAGGCAGUCUGGACUGUGUCAACGCUCUCCUGAUUCAGGGGGCGAAAGCUGAUAUGAGGAACGCUAGUGGGCUGUCCGCUGCUGACCUGGCCCAUGCCCAGGGGUUUCGCGAGUGUGCCGAGAUACUAUCCAAUGCCCAGAACCUGCAGCGGUACCAGAACCUGACCCAGCUUAAUGGCUUUGGUCUGAACGGUGCCAUCCAGAACGGAGGCCACUCCCACCCUCUCAUUCAAGGGCGGAGCCUCCUUAACGGGGCACCAAAUAGAAAGAGGUCGUUUGAUAACAUGGAAGACAAUCAAAUCAAGAAGGCCAGAACUGAAGGUCUGUGCCUGCCGCUGGGGAUGCUGAACGGAAAUGGGUUGGUCUGCGGUGUCGGAGAGGUACUGAUGGAGAGCAUGCACCAGGAGAGUAUGGAGUCAGCAGCGCCGCCGGCAGUGAGCUCAGGUGGGCCAGGACCCUUUGCGUUUGGGAUGAAUGGGUCUGCGCCGGUGCCAGGCCUGGUGGGCCAGGGGGGAGUGGAGGUGUCUACCCCAGCCGCUAAGGAGCAAGAGAUCUUCACUGUGGCCUCCAUGCAGAUCCCCUGUCGCUGCACUAACUCCUACGCCUACCUGUAGAGGCCUUAGUGUGUUGAGUAAGAGUGUUGACCCUCCUAGUGGUUAUAUCUUGGUAGAAUGUCCACCAGGCCCCCUGGCCAUGUUUUCCAACAGAUGGCAUUACUUAUUUGGCAUGGUGUUUUUGGCAUGGUAUUGUUGGGUUUUUGGCAUGGUAAUGUUAAACUUUUGCAGUUCUAAAAAAUAUGGGUGUAAAUAACUUGUAUUGUACACAUUGUACAUACAUGUUAUGAAAAACAUUGCCUUGCUACCAUAAUCGCUAGAGAAACAUGAGUUUGUUUUGUUUUACCGGUAGCUUUGAAUGAUUCACAAAAUUCUUGUUAAAAAAUCUCUUGUGUUUUUGGCAAAGCCCCUUUAGGAUGAGUGAAUUCUGUUUUGCACAAUUAUCCUUCCACCUCCCCUACAUUGCACAAUGUUAACUGUAAUAACGUUGUCAAAUGAUAAUUACAGUUCUUUAAUGUAGAAAUGCCCACACCUUGUGGACAAUGUACUGAAACAAGCCUCCGUUUAUGGAGAAGGUUAGAGUUCAAGUCACUGAGGCUGCACUGACGUUUCCCUCUGCAUCAUGAAUAUGCAAUGACAGAAUUCUGCCCUUUUUAUGAUGAUGAGUUAGACAGUGAUGUGUUUACUGAGUACUGUAUUUAGUGGUGCCAUUGUGACGCCACUCCGCCCAAUAAGGGGCAAAAGACAGAAUUUGUCCAUCUCAUGUCAGAAUGAAGAGGCCACUAGAGAAUGUUCCUGCCCUCAGUGUAAUAAGAUGAAGCAUAUUUUGUUUUAUUAGUUACAUUUCCCCCUCUGAGAAUUUUUUUUAUUAACUCGUCUUGUAGCUAUAAAGCUAUUUAGUUUUUUUUAUACAAGAACUCUUAUGCCAAAGCAUAUCUUUACAUAAAUAUAUAAAGUACAUAAACCUUCGCUAUGCAGCUUUUCUAUAUUAUGUGAGCUUUUAGGUAUUUCCAAGGUGCUAUUUGAACUGACACUGUCCUGUUAGCUAGCAGACUGUAGACUUUGGUUCUGUUAGACACUUCUAGUGCCCCUUCUUUCUGCUUUUCUAGGAGAGGACUUUGUACGCUUUUCUGUAUAGUCUAGUACCUAUUGUGUGUGUGGUGUUGAAAAUGGUGUAAGUUUAUAUUGACUGUUUUUCUAAGUGUUGGCUUGUUUUGUUGUAUUAUAAUGUACUAUUGCUUUGCUGACUUCACUAAUGACAAAAGUUAAAUGUUGAUAUGAUGAGUGAUUAGUAGUGCUACCAUUUUCACGAAACAAGGGGAAGCUACUCUUUCCUAAGGCUGGAAAUCGUUUUUUGAGAAAAAAAGAAAGGAACCUUCGUAAAUAUAUUGUUCAAACUUAAAAUCCCUCCUCCCAUCCAUCUGCUUCAUACAUGAAGGACAAUUGUUCUGUCAAGGAAUCUGCCCUGCACUACUAUUCAGUCUGUACAGAAUCACAAAUGUUAACGAGUAGAUUGCAUUUAUUAGAGCUUCUGAUGCUCAGUGCUGAGUAGUUUUGUAUACUUUUAAACUCAUUAAAUGUUCAUUCCUUUGAAUAA